AUGGCUCCUCCUCCUUCCCCUCCUCCUCUGCUCCCGCUCGGGCCCCACAUCUGGGCACCUGGGCCCUUGGCGCUGGCGCUUGGCCGCCGCCGCCCGCCUCCACUGCUGCCGCCUUCGCCGUCGCAGCGGGGGCCGCCGGGGCACCUCCACCUCCCCCUUCGACCGCCGCUGCCGCGGCCCUGGGCGCUAGCGUGGGGGGCGCCGCCGCCACCCAAGGUGCAGCCGCGUGGGGCGCCGCCGCCGCCGCCUCCCAUGCUCCUCCUCCUCCAUGGACUGGGCUCUGUAUGCCUCCCGCGGAUGCGCCGUUCGCCGCCGCAGCCUUUCACGGGCAGCAGAUCGUCGCCGGAGCUGCUACGACCGACACUGCUCUCGCCGCGGUCCCUCCUCGCCGCCAAGUUUUUCUGGUACACCGGCACUGCCUCCGGUGAUCUCUGCUGCACCUCGCACGGCCCCGUUAUCUCCUGCUGCGCCAUGCGCGGCCCCGGUGCCUCCUCCUGCGCCUCCGUGCUAUGCUCAGCCGGUGCAGGUGUACCAGCGUCGUUCGGUGCCGGCACCCGCGCCGACUCCGGCUCCGGAGGCUCCUACGUCGCCUAUACCGGAGCCGUCGCCACUGCCGCCUCCACCGCAUCGCUCUCGUGUCGAGCCGGUGGUGUACCACCCGCCCGUCAUCCAUCGGGACCCUAG